GGGGAGGCAACCUGAAACAAAGUGAGGUAAUUAAACAUGGCCUUGGAGAAGUCUCCCAAAUGUUCCAAUCCGGACUUCCAGCGUCCAUGCGUGUGCGCGCUUUAGUUUUCGAUUCUUCCAGGUCCUGGUUUUGCGUUUCUAAUAAAAGUGAACUAACAAAGCGUGAACGUGGUCUACGGAGCAAAACAAAACCAUAAAGCAUGCUUCGGCUGUGCCAAGAUUAAUCAAUAUUCCGGGGAGCUCGGGCUGCCCCCUCCUCCUGCUGUUUUCAUUUUCCCACUCCCCCUUUCCCCAGCACAGACUCCGCCUCUUUUCUUAAGUUGCCUGAUAGUAAGUGGCGGUUUCAGAGCACAUGCCUGUUGUCAGAGCCAGCCUGCCCCGCCGCUCGCUGAGCUGUUACUCCGAGCUACCUGCUGGGGAAUUCACCUCGACGUAGCCUGGGGUGUCUUCCACCCGUCCCAGAGUCAGAAAAGUUGUUCUCUCUAACACCGAAGAGGAGAUUCCGCUUUCUGGGGACAAGUUCAAGACACUGACGUGCAAAGACGUGAUAAAUUCCUAGAAAGAUAAAAUAUGACAAAAAGCAACGGAGAAGAGCCCAGGAUGGGGGGCAGGAUGGAGAGAUUCCAGCAAGGGGUGCGCAAGCGGACGCUUCUGGCCAAGAAGAAAGUACAGAACAUCACAAAGGAGGACGUUAAGAGUUACCUGUUUCGGAAUGCCUUUGUGCUGCUCACGGUCACUGCUGUCAUUGUGGGAACAAUCCUUGGAUUUGCCCUCCGACCAUAUAAAAUGAGCUACCGGGAGGUCAAGUACUUCUCGUUUCCCGGGGAGCUUCUGAUGAGGAUGCUACAGAUGUUGGUCUUACCCCUGAUCAUCUCCAGUCUCGUCACAGGAAUGGCGGCCCUAGAUAGUAAGGCAUCCGGGAAGAUGGGGAUGCGAGCAGUAGUCUAUUACAUGACUACCACCAUCAUUGCUGUGGUGAUUGGCAUAAUCAUUGUCAUCAUCAUCCACCCUGGAAAGGGCACAAAGGAAAACAUGUACAGAGAAGGUAAAAUCGUACAGGUGACUGCUGCGGAUGCCUUCCUGGAUUUGAUCAGGAACAUGUUCCCUCCCAAUCUGGUAGAAGCCUGCUUUAAACAGUUUAAAACCAGCUAUGAGAAAAGAAGCUUCAAAGUGCCUAUCCAGUCCAAUGAAACACUUUUGGGCGCUGUGAUCAACAACGUGUCAGAGGCCAUGGAGACUCUGACCCGGAUCCGAGAGGAGAUGGUGCCAGUUCCCGGAUCCGUGAAUGGGGUCAAUGCCCUGGGUCUAGUUGUCUUCUCCAUGUGCUUUGGUUUUGUGAUCGGAAACAUGAAGGAGCAAGGGCAAGCGCUGAGAGAAUUCUUUGAUUCUCUUAACGAAGCUAUCAUGAGGCUGGUAGCAGUGAUAAUGUGGUAUGCGCCUCUAGGCAUCCUCUUCUUGAUCGCAGGGAAGAUUGUUGAGAUGGAAGACAUGGGUGUGAUUGGGGGACAGCUUGCCAUGUACACAGUGACAGUCAUUGUCGGCCUCCUCAUUCACGCCGUCAUCGUCCUGCCUCUCCUCUACUUCCUGGUAACCCGGAAAAACCCCUGGGUUUUCAUUGGAGGGUUGCUGCAAGCACUCAUCACAGCCCUUGGGACCUCCUCAAGUUCUGCCACCUUACCCAUCACUUUCAAGUGCCUGGAAGAGAACAAUGGUGUGGACAAACGCAUCACCAGAUUUGUGCUCCCUGUGGGGGCCACCAUUAACAUGGAUGGGACCGCCCUCUACGAGGCUUUGGCCGCCAUUUUCAUCGCUCAAGUGAACAACUUUGACCUGAACUUUGGACAGAUUAUAACAAUAAGUAUCACAGCCACUGCUGCAAGCAUCGGGGCAGCCGGGAUUCCUCAGGCCGGCCUGGUCACCAUGGUCAUCGUGCUGACAUCUGUGGGCCUGCCCACGGAUGACAUCACACUCAUCAUUGCAGUGGACUGGUUUCUGGACCGCCUCCGAACCACCACCAAUGUGCUAGGUGACUCCCUCGGAGCAGGGAUUGUUGAACACUUGUCCCGACACGAACUGAAGAACCGAGAUGUUGAAAUGGGGAACUCCGUGAUUGAGGAGAACGAAAUGAAAAAGCCGUAUCAGCUGAUUGCCCAGGACAAUGAACCGGAGAAACCAGUGGCAGACAGCGAAACCAAGAUGUAGACUGACGGAGAAGUGCUUUCUUGAGCACCAAGUGUUGGAAACUGUUCUACAAUGUAUCCAUCUCCCUGGGCUCCCAGUGAGCUCCUCUUUCCUCCCUACUCUGAUAGGAUUGGAAAAUGUCCCAAAACAAUGGAGGGCUCUGCAGCAGCCAAAAUGUAUUGGUUUAUUUAGCCCACAUUUGAAAUUUUUAAAUCAUUUCAUAUUAUUCUUACCAAGUAAGUUACAAUCAAACACAGUUUCGAUAUUACAAAUUUAAAUGGCAAAUGAUUCCGUGCAACUGUUUUGUAAGUAAAAGCAUUAAGCAAAUGAUAGGCUACGAAAAAAAAAAAGUUUUAAAAUCAACUUUCAAAAUGUAAAAAUCCUUCAGAACACAACUGAGUUUUAGUCUUAAAGCAUUACAACUUGAUGAGCGAUUAUCAGUUACCCGGUGGGUAGCUGAGAGGUUUCCCUUUUCUUCUGUCUCCUGUCCUGAUUUGAUCAGCGUCAGGCCAAUCUCCACAUGCACACAGCACAGCUGUGAGGAGGAGCAGAGAGUGAGGCUCCCAAAUGGUCUUGAGUGAGCCUUGUCUCAGCCCUUGGCCUCAGUGUUCUCAUCCAGAAAGAGUGAUUCCUAGAUAAGAUAGGCCUCUCUAGCCCAGACUUCUUCGACACCAGGAAGGAUCCUGUAUAACAUGAGGACCUCAGUCAGGACACUUAAUGGGAGUAGACAUUUCUCUCUAUGGGCAGGCUGUGUGUGGCUCACUAGAUCCUGGGUCCAAAAUGUUGGUUCUAGAAGAAGAUAGGUGGAAGGCCAUCCCAGGUGGCCAGCCCCUUGGCCUGUUGUUCUGUUUUAUUUUGUUUUGUGUUCCAGUACUAGAAGCACUCCCUUCUUGGGUACUCUUCCCAAACCCAAGGCAAAACAACCUCCUGCCACCUCUUCAGCUGACAAUUAGAUGUUUAGGAAAUAAAGAGAAGACUAGCAAGGGUGCUCAUGGUCUUACUAUGGAACACUGAAGAGUGGACAAAGAGUAGAAUGUGGCCAGCAUUACAAAAGGGAGGAUUCUUUUUAAGAUCAGGAAAAGUUAGUCUCCUUUAAAGACUAAAAUGGAGAGAUACACCUCGGCCUUUUUCUGUAAGCCUAAACACUUCAUCUUCAGUUCCUAAUCGGACCCCAAAGAGACAACAUAUACCCCCACUUCUUUCUUAUCUCACAGUCCAGCCAACGAUAUCUCUGGAACAGAUCCACAAGCUGGGUGAAUGGUCUCAUUUCUAAAAAGGAAAAUUCUUUUUGUUUUCUGUUUGUUUGUUUUGUCUGUUUUAACCAGAAGUUCUUAGGAUAGCAAAACAACAUACUUCAUUGUAUAGCGAUGUCUCUUGACAAAUCAUUCAAAACUCUCAUCUAGAGCAGAGUUUUCUUGUUUAUGUGCCUACAAAAAAAAAAAAGACAAAAAAAAAAAAGGCAGAUGAAUCAGCAUGAGAAUAACAUCACCGAGGAUGGAAGAAAAGACAGCAGGGGAAUUCCUUUCAAGCAAGGCAGCUCCCAGGUUUAAAAGAGAUUAAUUUUACUCCCUUAGGAAUAUCCAGUCAAAGAUACUCAACGGGAGCCAUCUGACAGUACCAGCUGCAUCAGACUUUCUGACCGAAAAUGAUGAAUGGACACAAUUAUGCUAACAGACUGAGCAUCUAGAAUCGCAUCUCCCAAUCUACGAUUAGAGAUAUUUUCUAGAGAUCCUGAGCAUUCCAUGCAUAUAAAGGUUAACACUAGGCUAUGGUGGAGUAAUCAUUUAAUGGCAAGCUCUAUUUGGGAAAUACACUACAGAGGUUAAUCUAUGUGGCAGUCAUUUUUCGGCACUAGUAGAACAAACCUUAAUCACAUCAAAUUAAUGCUGUUUACCCAGUGUGACAUUUUUUUAUACUAACCAUUUCUUAUGAAAACAGCUCCUCUUAGAGUGAUCCUUUUGCCAGUCCAUCACAGGCUCUGCAUAUGUGUGUACCCACUGUGGACUGGGAAACAUCACUUUGUAGAUGUAUUUUCAAUAAAGAAAAAAAUAGUUUUACA